UACUGGGGUUCGGGAAUGGUCUCUCACUUGGUGUAUGGUCUCUUUCCUCAGAUUGGAAAGGAUCGGCCACUGAACUUUGACCCCUGCUGCAUCAGCUACUUCACCAAAGGAGAGUACAUUUUGGUGGGGGGUUCAGACAAGCAGGUAUCUCUUUUCACCAAGGAUGGAGUGCGACUGGGGACCGUUGGGGAGCAGAACUCCUGGGUGUGGACCUGUAGAGUGAAACCUGACUCCAACUAUGUGGUGGUAGGCUGCCAGGAUGGCAGCAUUUCCUUCUACCAGCUUAUCUUCAGCACAGUCCACGGACUCUACAAGGAUCGGUAUGCCUUCAGGGACAGUAUGACAGACGUCAUCGUACAACACCUGAUCACAGAGCAGAAAGUUCGGAUUAAAUGCAGAGAGCUUGUCAAGAAAAUUGCCAUCUACAAAAAUCGAUUAGCUAUCCAGCUGCCAGAGAAGAUCCUCAUCUAUGAGUUGUAUUCAGACGACUCGGCAGACAUGCACUACCGGGUGAAGGAGAAAAUCGCCAAGAAGUUUGAGUGCAACCUGCUGGUGGUGUGCGCUGACCACAUCAUCUUGUGCCAGGAGAAACGGCUGCAGUGCCUGUCCUUCAGCGGAGUGAAGGAAAGGGAGUGGCAGAUGGAGUCUCUCAUUCGGUACAUCAAGGUGAUCGGUGGCCCGGCUGGAAGGGAAGGUCUGUUGGUGGGCCUGAAGAACGGCCAGAUCCUGAAGAUCUUUGUGGACAAUCUCUUCGCCAUUGUCCUGCUGAAGCAGGCCACAGCCGUGCGCUGCUUGGAUAUGAGUGCCUCCCGGAACAAGCUGGCUGUGGUGGAUGAAAAUGACACGUGCUUGGUGUAUGACAUCCACACCAAGGAGCUGCUUUUUCAGGUGACGUCCUAGAUAGAGGUGUGCAAGAAGGCCCGUACCCAGGCCUGUCUGGGAGGAACAGCAAAGGACUAGAACUUAGCACAGGUGUGGAUUCUGAAAGGCUCCAGGGAACAGGUGGCCCGGCCAGCCUCUUGAGCAUCGGUUUCCUGGCCAGCAACAGUUUUCACAGAGCAGGAAACAGUACUUGAGAUGAUGGUGACGAGUCUGGUGGCCAGGUUAAUGUGUGGUGGGGAUUCUUUUGCUGAAGUCUGUGACCCCCUUGCCCAGGACUGCCAGUUCCUCCCAGUACCUAGGGCACACUGGGAAAGACAGGUGGAGCCUCACCCUCAGCUUCCUCCACAGGGUGCUGUAGCACAGUGACUUGUGGAUCCUUGGGGAUGGGCAUUGUUUCCUGUGGCUGGAAGAAGGGUGUCGAUGAGUAGUCCAAAGACUGUACCUAACACCUAGUGGGUUUUCUGCCAGGCUAGGCUGUUCCUGGCUCCUUUAGGGCAUUGUAAGUGGUCAGAGCUAAUUUAUGUGAAGUGAGGACCCCCUGAGGCUGGAGCCUCUGCUCUCAGGUUCCUCCUUUCAGGGUUUCUCAAUAUCGUGGGUAGACAUGGAUGCUCUCCCAAGGCCCUUCU